AUGGGACGAGCUGCACCCGAAGCGAGAACACCACAAAAGCAGCAACAUUUUGGAAGAGCUGCUCCUGGAGGGCAAGCACCAGGAGGCGGCGACGUUGAUUCGGAGGGUCCGAGAUUUUCCGCGAACCUUCAGAACGCCACCAACUUGGGGCGAGGGGUGGAGAUAAUCUUCCAGAACAUUGGUCGAUGGCGUAUUUCGUUGGCGGACCUUGUUGGCCGAGAUAGCCGCGGCGAAUACCCUGACGGCCAGGCGGAGCCGAACUCCAAAGGCACGCCAUUGCAAACCACACAAGUGGGGCAGACGGUACUGGCGGACGACUUGGACCUGGAAGAGUUCACCCCCAGGAGCUUCGAUGGGGUCGGCAACAACGAGGCGUUUCCGUCCUGGGGAGCGGUCGGGGCAACGCAGCUCCGUUCGGUGGCCGGGGCCUACUACGCCGACGCGGACUUCACUCCACCGGGGGACCUGACAAGACCGACUGCGAGGGAGGUGAUGACCGACGUGUUUCUGGAGUCGCCGCCGGCGCUGUCCACCAUGAGCGCUCUCUUCAUCGGUUGGGGGCAGCUGCUGGCUUUCGACCUGUCUCUCACCAGCGACAACUCUUCCGAACCCUUGGACAUCGAGUGCAACGACGGGACCGGGGCCGGGGGGGUCGACGUGUGGUGUCCCCUGGGGGCGGAGUCGGACCCCAUCCCUUUCUACAGGUCGGACGCGGCGCUGUCGGACGACGACGGAGCCCUGGGCGAGGAGACGAGGAGCCCCGUCAACUACGCCACCGCGUUCGUGGACCUCGACUUCGUGUACGGGCGGAGCGAGGACGAGGCCGCUGCCCUGCGGUCGUCCGCGGACGGCGACGGUUUCAUGGCCCUCACGGAGAACGGCUUGCCCUACGUGAACGAUGACGGGACUUGGCUGAUCGCGGACCAGCGAUCGGCCCAAUUCCCGGUCACGUUUGCCCUGCACGUCAUGCUUCUCCUCGAGCACAAUCGCUGCUGCAUGGACAUCGCGCCCAGCGAGGGCUUCGAGGGCGACGAGGACAUCUACCAGGCAUGCCGGGGAUGGACCAUAGCCGUUUUCCAGCACGUCACGGAGAACGACUUUCUGAUCCGCCUCCUGGGGGGUAACAUCCAGGACCUCGAUGAAGACGGACGCGAGCAUCCGGUGCCCGGGCGGCAGAGCAGGAGGGGCCUGUGGCUGACCACGGACUACGACGAGAACACUAACCCGGGCGCCGAUACCUUCACCUUGACGGCGGGGGUGGCGGCCUUCGAGUCGGCCCUGCCGUCCACCGUGCGGGUGGUCGGGGAGGGCUACGAGUCGACGCGGUACGACAACAUCGAGCUCGCGGCGGCCGUCGGGGCCGACGGCCUCGUGUCCUUCUUCAACAACGUGAAGGUUGUGGACGUGUUGCGAGGGGCGGUGUUGUCCCCGGUGUAUGCGGCCGACACUCACUACACCGCGGCGGUCUCGAACGGGUCUCCGCUGUUCAAGCUCCCGGUGGACUCGGUGCAGCGGGGGAGGGACCACGGGCUGCCGACCUACAACGAUGCUCGGGCGGCGUUCGGUCUCUCGGAGGCGACCACUUUCACAGACGUCACUACGUCGUCGUCGUCGACGUCAUCAUCGACGACGACGACGAGCACGACGUCAUCUUCCGGCUCCGACGCCGACGAGGAGGUGGCGGACAUCCUCUCGACCGCGUACGGGGGCAACGUGUCGACCCUCGACGCCGUGACGGGGGCCCUGGCCGAGCCGACGAUGGCGAGCUCCGGGGGCGUCUUCGGGGAGCUCCUGCACGCCGCCUGGCUUGAGCAGAUGUACAGGUGUGUGCACGUGUGUGUAUCUUUCGUUUGUGUUUUGUGUAUCUUUUGUCGGCCGCGCUAUCCCCGGCUGUGUGUUUGUGUUUGUAUCUUGAAGUAGCAUCGACCGCGCUAACCGGCUGACCAGUGAAAAGACGUCAGUCCCGGCGCGGUUGAAAACGCAAUGUGCUUCUAAAGUCCACGAUCUGGGCCCCCGUGAGGGAGCAUCAUGUGUGUGUGUGUGUGUGUGGGUGGGUGUAUUUAUCGGCCGUGCUAGCCAGCUGGGUGUGCGUGUGGUUGAAGUGCGCUACCUAACCGGCUGACCACUGAACAAGACGUCAGUCUCAGACCGGCUGAAAACAGGAAAUGCUUCUAAAGGCCGUCUGGGACCCCGUGAGGGGGAGUGUGUGUUUGUGUGUGUGUAUGUGGGUAUGUAUACUGGUAUUUCGCAUCGGCCACGCUAACCGGCUGGCCGAUGAAAAGACGCGUGCGUUUGUGUG